UCCACGGUAACAAUUACGUCUGGCCCAAGCAAACAUGAGGCAGCUGCCAGCACAGGCCAGUGGUGCUGUUCCUCAGGGCCUCGGAGGAGCCAGGAGGCUGGCAGCAGUUUUGUGUGGGGGACCAGGAUGCAAAGAACCAAGGGAGGCAAGCACAUCCCACCCUGGAGAGACUACCUCAUCCAUCUUCCUUUGCACCUUGGCUUGCCUGGAGGUGGAACAAGAAGGCAGGAGGUGAUGAAGGCAUCUGACGGCAGCCUCCUGGGCGAGCCUGGGCGCACAGUGCUCAGCAAGAAGAAUGGGAUCAAGUGGCAGAGGCCAAGACUCACACGCCAGGCCCUGUUGCACUGCUGUCUGGUCAAGUGGAUCCUAUCCAGUGCCGCUCCACAGGGCUCAGAUGGCAGCGACAGUGAGCUGGAGCUGUCCACAGUGCGCCACCAGCCAGAAGGGCUGGAUCAGCUGCAGGCCCAGACCAAGUUCACCAAGAAGGAGCUGCAGUCACUGUACAGGGGCUUUAAGAAUGAGUGUCCUACAGGCCUGGUGGAUGAAGAUACCUUCAAGCUCAUUUACUCCCAGUUCUUCCCUCAGGGAGAUGCCACCACCUACGCGCACUUCCUCUUCAACGCCUUUGACGCCGCUGGGAACGGGGCCAUCCACUUUGAGGAGUUCGCAGUUGGCCUCUCUGUCCUCCUGAGGGGAACUGUACAUGAGAAGUUGAAGUGGGCCUUCAACCUGUACGACAUCAACAAGGAUGGUUGCAUCACCAAAGAGGAGAUGCUGGCCAUCAUGAAGUCCAUCUAUGACAUGAUGGGCCACCACACCAGCCCCGUGCUGCGGGAGGAUGCGCCCCUGGAGCAUGUGGAGAAAUUCUUCCAGAAAAUGGACCGGAAUCGGGAUGGGGUGGUGACCAUCGACGAGUUCCUGGAGACCUGCCAGAAGGACCAGAACAUCAUGAGUUCCAUGCAGCUGUUUGAAAACGUCAUCUAGGAUGCACCCGAGGGGCCAUGCCACCUGCCCCAAAGGAACUGCAGCCCUGCC